CUCUAUACGGCCGCUUGCUUUGAGCGUUUUUCUCUCUAUAAAGCCGGCGACUUUCCCAUUCAUUCAAGAACCUCACUCUUUACAUUCCACUCCCUUUCUUCCGAACCGGUUCGUUGGCAACUACGUGCCUAUCACGCUAAACUCCCCCAACUCAUAUGGACCCGGUUCAGGCCGCCGUGUUCCGGCCACCGGAAACUCCUCGCGAGCCCAUGGAGUUCCUCUCCCGCUCUUGGAGCGUGUCGGCUCUCGAAGUCUCCAAAGCUUUAGCCCCACCCCAGGGCCAGACCCAACUCACAAACCUCAACCUCAGCUCUGCCGUCAAUGGCGGCGGCAGCGGUCCCAUACCAGAGGACCUGGCCGGAGAGCUAGACGAGAGCGCCACAUUUUCGGGCAACCCAUUUUCCUUUGCUUGUUCCGAGACCUCUCAGCUCGUCAUGGAGCGUAUCAUGUCACAGUCGCAAGAGGUGUCUCCGCGAACUUCCGGCAGGCUCUCCCACAGCAGCGGUCCUCUCAACGGUUCCUUAACUGACAGCCCACCUGUCUCCCCCACCGAAGACGAUGUUAAGUACGGCCGCUCUACCAACCACAACAACACCCAAUUCAGAGCCGCCACUCCUAGCGGCGCCCCCGUGUCUGGCGGUGGCAAGACGGUGGGCAGGUGGCUUAAGGACAGGAGGGAGAAGAAGAAAGAGGAGGCUAGAGCCCUGAAUGCUCAGCUUCAUGCUGCUGUUUCUGUUGCUGGGGUGGCUUCUGCCAUCGCCGCCAUUGCUGCCGCUACUGCUGCCGCCACUGCUGCCUCUUCUGGAUCGGGAAAAGAUGAGCAUAUGGCGAAGACUGACAUGGCUGUGGCCUCUGCUGCCACAUUGGUUGCUGCACAGUGUGUGGAGGCGGCUGAGGCCAUGGGAGCUGAGCGGGAGCACCUUGCUACGGUUGUCAGCUCUGCCGUGAAUGUCCGGUCCGCUGGCGAUAUCAUGACCUUAACUGCUGCAGCAGCAACAGCCUUACGCGGUGCAGCGACACUAAAGGCGAGGGCGUUGAAGGAAGUGUGGAAUAUAGCAGCAGUUAUUCCUGUUGAGAAAGGCUCAGGAGUAGCUGGUAAUGGCAGCAACGGGAAUUCCAACAGUAGUUUCAGUGGAGAACUUGUUCCUGAAGAGAAUUUUCUCGGCAUCUGCAGUAAGGAAUUGCUUGCUAAGGGUUGUGAGCUCCUCAAGCGCACCCGCAAAGGUGAUCUUCAUUGGAAAAUCGUCUGUGUUUACAUCCAUCGAACGGGUCAGGUUAUGCUGAAGAUGAAGAGCAGGCACGUUGCUGGGACCAUAACAAAAAAGAAAAAGAAUGUGGUGCUGGAGGUGAUCAAGGACAUGCCGGCUUGGCCCGGCCGCCACCUGCUUGAGGGCGGAGAGAACCGACGUUACUUUGGGCUCAAGACUGUUAUGCGCGGAGUUGUGGAGUUCGAGUGCCGGAACCAGAGGGAGUACGACAUUUGGACACUGGGCGUGUCGAGGCUCCUCAGCAUUGUUGCAGAGAGGCACAAUAGACAUGGGAUCUAGCUAGGGUUUUCACUUAUAAGUCGUGAGGGUAAAAUUUGGGAGAUGGUAACUUGGGAAUGGGAUAUUUUGGUAAACUUUUGGCUGUGGUGUUUUACCGUGAAUUUAGUCUAUUGUAAAAAGGUUAAUUAAAGGUCUAAGUUUAAUCCCAAUUGGUCUUUUAGUAGUGUGGAAUUUAUAUAUAUAUAUAUAUAUAUAUUAUGUGUA